CUUGACAACAACAAUCCACCCAUCAACAACACCUGUCGCACACAUAAUGGCAGCCAAUGUCCUCGCUCUGCCAGGCGGAGGCCCAUCAUCGGCGGCCAACUCGCCGCGCAAGGGCGGUGGCGACAAGAAGCGAAAGCGCAAGCAGGCCGAGGCCAAGGACAAGGAGUACGACAGCGAUGCCGAGCUCGAGGUGUCUGCUGAGGACUUAGUCGCGGCGGAUGCUGAUGGCGAGGAGGUGGACGCCGACGCGGAUGGCGAGGGUGAUGGGCCCCGCUCGCGUGCGCGCGUCCGAGGAGGUGACGGCGAGGAUGAGGACGAGGAAGAGGCGGCGCCCGCGGCGGCCGCCGGCGUGGAUGUCAAGCGCGAGGCGAAGCGCCGACGCGACGAGACUCUGUUACUCCGCGGCCAGCUGGACGAGGAGCAGGGACGCCGCUUCGACGCGUUCCAGACGGUCGUGAUUCCGCGCGGUGUCGUCAAGCGCCUCAAUCGCGACGUGUAUGACCAGCACGUGCCGAACAACCUGACGGCCGUGCUGGCGGGUAUGGUCAAGGUGUUUGUGGCCGACGUCGUGGAGACUGCAAAGGCCCUCCAGCCGUACUCGCAGCACCCCGACGGCCCGCUCCAGCCCUACCAUCUCCAGCUGGCGCGCGUGCGCCUGCAGGAGCAGGGCCUGCUUGGCACGCCGCGGGGCGGCGGCGGCAGCGCACACAGCUCCACUGGUCUGCGCUCGCGCAAGCGGAUUUUCCGCCGCUGA